CUGGAUCAUAACUCGGGUUUUCCCUCGAUCGUACGUGUGAUCAUCCACCGACGACAGAUCAGAUAAGCCACAUACAACACCGAGGCGUACACUCAUGGCGAAGUUCACUCUCGGGCACCACCGCGAGGUCACCGAGGCCGGCUGCGUCCGCGCCGUGCUCGCCGAGGCCGUCCUCACCUUCCUCUUCGUCUUCUCCGGCGUCGGCUCCGCCAUGGCCGCCGGUAGGUUGUCCGGCGGUACCGACACGAUCAUGGGCCUGACGGCGGUGGCACUGGCGCACACGAUGGCGGUGGCAGUGAUGGUGUCGGCGGGGCUCCACGUCUCCGGCGGCCACAUCAACCCGGCAGUCACGCUCGGGCUCGCCGCGGGCGGCCACAUCACCCUCUUCCGCUCCGCGCUCUACGUGCCCGCGCAGCUGCUCGGUUCCUCCCUCGCCUGCCUGCUCCUCUCCUUCCUCACCGGCGGCGGGGCGGCGCUGCCCGUGCACGCGCUGGCCGCCGGGGUGGGCGCGGCGCAGGGGGUGCUCUGGGAGGCCGUGCUCACCUUCUCGCUGCUCUUCACGGUGUACGCCACCGUCGUGGACCCGCGCCGGAGUGUGGGCAACCUCGGCCCGCUGCUGGUGGGCCUGGUCGUCGGCGCCAACGUGCUCGCCGGCGGGCCGUUCUCCGGCGCGUCCAUGAACCCGGCACGCUCCUUUGGGCCCGCGCUCGCCUCCGGGGUGUGGGCUGGGCACUGGGUGUACUGGGUUGGCCCCAUGAUCGGUGGGCUGCUCGCUGGGCUGGUCUACGAGGGGUUGUUCAUGGUCCGGGCCGGCCAUCUACCGCUUCCAAGGGAUGACGCUGGGUUUUAAACCUGAAACAGGCUCAUGCUAGAUCCUCAAAAAAAAAAAAAGAUCAUAAAAAAGCGCUCAUGCUAAAUAAAUUAGUGCACUAUCUUAUUAUGUGAAACAAGAAAUGUUCUAUAUAGCAA